UUGAGUGGUGGGGGCCGGCAGAAGAACUGCCCGAGCGAGGAGCGGCUCUUGGGGUCGGGCCGCACGGUUGUAGCGCCUGCUUUGGGGCCCCCGAGAGGCUGCUGGGCCGGGAUAGCGGCCAGCGGCCACGGGGGGGAAGGGGGUGGGUGGGCUGAGAGCAGCUUGGCGGCGAAGCUGGCCCGCCACCCCUUCCCCCCACCCCCGUCGACCUUGUAGGCAGAAGCUUCCCGGUGCUCCUCACGCCGGCGCGAUGGCUACUGCUGCGGAGGCGGAGGCCUCUCCGCCGACGGACGCGAACUGGGAAAGUGGCGGCGGCGGCGGAGACGACGAGCUGAAGCAGGCGCUUCCGGAGCUUGAGUCCUCCCCACAAAAUGGCGGCGGCCUCAGCGUCGCGGAGCCCGGCGGCGGCGCCGGGCCUGAGGAGACCGCGGCUGCCGAGGCCGCCCCGAGCCUCUGCCACGAGCAGCCUCAGGACUCCUGUGAGGCGGGCGCGGCCGCUCUGCCCAAAGGCCCCGAAGAGCCCGAAAGACCCGUUAGGAGGAGUUUUCAGAUCCCCAGGAAGAGCAGAGAAAAGAAAGCACUUUUUCAGCCAUUAACUCCAGGCUCUCGGGAAUUUGAAGAUGUUUUAAAUAUUCUCCACUCAUCUUACCUUGAACCAACUUCAGUAACAAAUUUUAACUACAGACGUGCUUGCUUGAUACAUAAUGAGCUUUUGGAAAAGGAGUUUACAGAAAAGCGAAGAGAACUGAAGUUUGAUGGUCGUUUAGAUAAAGAACUUUCAGAAUCCUAUGCAUUUCUGAUGGUUGAUCGGUAUCAGGUUCAGAGCAUAUGUGAAAAAGGAUUACAGGUGGGCCAGUCCAAAAUAACAAUUCUUGGCAGUCCUUCCAUGGGUGUCUAUCUUUCUAGGUAUGCUGAUUUAUUACAAGCUAAUCCUUUGGAAGCUGGGGCAGUGGGCGAUGUUGUUAUUUUUAAAAUAAUGAAGGGUAAAAUAAAGAGUAUAUAUGACCCCAUGGGUGUAAAAAGUUUGGAAUCUAUAUUAAAUAAAAGUGCUUUGGACCCAACACCAAAGCAUGAAUGUCAUGUGUCGAAGAAUGCCAAUAGAAUUACAUCACUUUUGGCUUAUAGAGCUUAUGAGCUUACUCAGUAUUAUUUUUAUGAGUAUGGCUUUGAUGAGCUAAGGCGAAGACCGAGACACGUGUGUCCAUAUGCAGUUGUGUCUUUUACUUAUAAAGAUGAUAUACAAACUCCAAAGUUCGUACCUUCAUCAAGAUCUAACAGCUUUAAUGCAGAUAGAAACUCAGAUAAAUUUAACUACACGUUGUGGAAAGGACAGCUUUUAAAUAAAGGAAAGCUUUUGUGUUAUAUUUCUCUGAGGUCAGCCACUCGUGCUUUUUUGCCUAUCAAGCUUCCUGAGAAGUUAGAUGUUGAAACAGUUAUGAGUAUUGAUCAUCUGAAACAGAAAAUCCCUCCAGCGCUGUUUUAUAAGGAAACUUACUUAGGUCCAUAUGAAGUUUUGAAGAAUGGGAUGUAUUGCAGCCUCUAUGAAGUUGUAGAAAAGACAAGAAUUGGAAGUAACAUGGAAAGUUUGCUGCAAAAACUAGAGAAAGAAAAACUUGUUCUUGUUAAACCUUUGGGAGACCGAGGAUACCUUUUUCUUCUCUCUCCUUGUCAAAUGGUUUCUCCAUAUGAACAUCAUACUGCUAAGUCUCGAGUCUUACAUGCUUUGUUUCUAUUUCAAGAACCUAGAGGCAUAGUUACUUCACAGAAAGGUUCAACCAGUGCAGCACCACAGGAGAGACGUGAGAGCAUACCAGAUGUAUUAAAAAUAACUCAAUUUUUACAGUUUGCUUUGAUUCAGUGUCGAAAGGAAUUCAAAAAUAUAAAUACUAUAAAUUUUCAUUCUGUUGUUGAAAAGUAUGUAAGUGAAUUUUUUAAGCGAGGUUUUGGUUCAGGUAAACGAGAGUUUAUCAUGUUUCCAUAUGAUUCACGAUUAGAUGAUAAAAAAUUUUUAUAUUCAGCUCCAAAAAAUAAAUCCCAUAUUGAUAAUUGUUUGCAUACCUAUAUUUUUCGGCCUGAAAUGUAUCAGUUACCUAUUUAUAAAUUAAAAGAGCUAUUUGAAGAAAAUAGAAAACUUCAACAGUUUAGUCCACUUUCAGAUUAUGAAGGCCAAGAAGAAGAAAUGAAUGGUACAAAAAUGAAAUUCGGAAAACGAAAUAACUCAAGGGGUGAAACUAUUACACCUGGAAAGCAGAAGUCAUCUCACUCUUUGGAUUAUGAUGAGGAUAGAGUCAAAGAAUUGAUUAAUUUAAUUCAGUGUAGGAAAAAAAAUGUGGGUGGGGACUCAGACAAAGAAGAUACGAGAAGCAAAACUGUCUUGAAGAGGAAGCUUGAGGAUCUACCUGAAAAUAUGAGAAAGCUCGCCAAAACCAGUAAUUUAUCUGAAAAUUGCCAUCUGUAUGAAGAGUCUCCACAGCCUGUUGGCUCACUUGGGCAUGAUGCUGACUUGAGACGGCAGCAGCAGGAUACCUCUAACUCUAGCAUUGCUGACAUCCAUAGGUUGUUUAAUUGGCUAUCAGAAACACUAGCAAAUGCACGUCAUUCUGAUGCAUCCCUGACAGACACAGUCAACAAGGCCUUAGGAUUGAGCUCUGAUGGUGCCUAUGAAGAGAUGAGGCAAAAGCAUGAAUAUGAGUUGAACUCUACCCUGGAUAAGAAAGAAUAUGAGCAGCCUACUGGUGUAAAAAUUGAAAGUGCACAUUUUAAGGAUACUCAGAGCCCACUGCUAGAAGUUGAUACAUCAUCUUUAAAGUAUCCUCUUGCUGUUUCUACCAGUGAAGUAGGCACUGACCAUAAACUACAUUUGAAAGAAGAUCCAAAUUUAAUUAGCAUGAGUAAUUUUGAAGAUUGCAGUUUGUGUCCCACUGUUCCCAUUGAACAUGGAUUCCGUAGACAAUCUAAGUCAAAUAAUGUUGAAGAGACUGAAAUACAUUGGAAACUGAUUCCAAUUACAGGAGGGAAUGCAAGAAGCCCAGAAGACCAGCUGGGGAAACAUGGUGAGAAACAAACACCAGGUAUGAAAUCACCAGAAGAACAACUGGUGUGUCUGCCACCACAGGAGGCCUUUCCUAACGACCCCCGGGUAAUAAGUAGACAGAGAAGUUCUGAUUAUCAGUUUCAAUCCUCUCCAUUUACAGACACACUAAAGGGCACCACUGAGGAUGACGUGUUGACAGGUCAGGUGGUGACAGUGGAGGAGCAGUGUGUGCCAGCAGCAGAACCGCCUGCAAUGAGUGAAACCACAGAAAGGACAGUGUUAGGAGAGUACAGUCUCUUUUCUAGGAAGAUAGAAGAGAUUCUGAAGCAGAAGAAUGUUUCAUAUGUCAGCAGAAUUUCCACACCUACCUUUUCAACACAAGAGAAGAUGAAACGGCUUUCUGAGUUCAUAUAUUCUAAGACUUCCAAAGCUGCUGUACAGGAGUUUGUAGAUGGCUUGCAUGAGAAACUAAAUACUGUUAUCAAAGCAUCAGCCAAGGGUGGGAAUUUGCCAGCAGUCAGUCCUAAUGAUUCUGGUACUAAGAUAGCAUUGAGUCCUCUGGGAAGGCAUGUCAUACCAGUCUCCUCAAGCGACUUCAACAAUAAACACCUCCUUGAGCCACUUGGUAGUGAUCCUCUGAAAGACACCAACUCUAAUGAGCAGCCUUCCUCUUCGGCUUUGGGUUUAACUGAAGCAGAAGUGAACCAGCCACACCAUGCCACAGAGCCAGUGGUGACUUCUGAUCAUACUGCCCGGGAACCAGUAGAAAAAGAAACAAAAUCGCCCAGUGAUGUAAACAUUUCUGCCCAACCAGCUCUUUCAAACUUUAUAAGCCAGUUAGAACCUGAAGUAUUUAACAGUUUGGUUAAAAUCAUGAAAGAUGUCCAGAAAAAUACUGUGAAAUUUUAUAUUCAUGAAGAAGAGGAGAGUGUGCUCUGUAAAGAAAUAAAGGAAUAUCUUAUUAAAUUAGGCAAUACAGAGUGUCAUCCAGAACAGUUUUUGGAAAGAAGAUCAAAAUUAGAUAAACUAUUGAUUAUUAUUCAAAAUGAAGACAUUGCAGGUUUCAUUCACAAGGUACCUGGCUUGGUGACUUUAAAGAAGCUUCCUUGUGUUAGUUUUGCUGGUGUUGAUAGUUUGGAUGAUGUUAAAAAUCAUACAUACAAUGAGUUAUUUGUAUCUGGAGGUUUUAUCGUUUCUGAUGAAUCCAUUCUCAAUCCAGAAGUAAUCACAAUUGAGAACCUUAAAAAUUUUUUGACAUUCCUCGAAGAACUUAGUACUCCAGAAGGAAAAUGGCAAUGGAAAGUCCACUGUAAAUUUCAGAAAAAACUAAAGGAACUGGGCAGAUUGAAUGCUAAAGCACUGAGUCUGUUGACCCUUCUGAAUGUCUAUCAGAAGAAACAUCUGGUUGAAAUUUUGUCAUACCACAACUGUGAUUCACAAACUCGAAAUGCUCCAGAAUUGGAUUGCCUUAUCAAACUUCAGGCUCAAAACAUACAGCAACGACACAUAGUCUUUUUAACAGAAAAGAGUAUCAAGAUGCUUUCCAGUUAUACCGAUAAUGGAAUAGUGGUUGCGACUGCUGAAGACUUUAUGCAAAACUUUAAAAAUCUUGUGGGCUAUCACAACUCAAUCACAGAAGAAAACCUUCCUUUGCUUGGUGCUAAUGAGAAUCUUGAGUCGCAGUCAGAUGCUGUUUUGACAUUAACCCCUUUGGAGCUGGGAGUUGGGAUUUCCCAACAUUAAACGUGAACACAUUUCGCAGAAGCUUUUAGCAUCGGAUUAUCUGGACAUUCACACCUAGUGUGAGUGUUGUGACUAAGUGAACUUGUGGCAGAAGACCAAGCUUUAAGGGAUUGUGGACUUGCAGACCCUGACGCAUUAUAUUGUGUGAGUAGUGUAUAAUUUUAAAACUUAAACAAAUUGUGUAUUUCAAUAGAGGAGGACUUUUUGUUUUUUAAAUGUAGCUCUUUUAGAAAACGAUGAAAAGGACGAAGAGGAUAUGUCUCUGGAUUCAGGGGAUGAAAUCUCAAAAAUAGAAGUAUGCAGCAAUUUUCAUUCAGAAAUGUUGGAGAAAGAGACCAAAGGAUCACGUGGAACAGAUCAAAAAAAGAAUAUUCAAAUUGAGUUGCAAUCGUCUCUUGACUUGCAAAAACGUUUAUUAGAAGAGAAGACUUAUGAAAUUGAUUCUGAAGAGAGAGCUUCUAUUGAUAUAGUAUGCUCUGAAGGAGAGAACAGUAAUUCAGCUGAACAGGAUUCAUAUAGCAACUUUCAGGUUUAUCACAGUCAAUUAAAUAUGUCCCAUCAGUUUAGUCAUUUUAAUGUUCUCACUCAUCAGACAUUUUUGGGGACACCAUAUGCCCUUUCAUCAAGCCAGUCUGAAGAAAGUGGAAAUUACUUUUUAUCUGCUUAUACUCAAAACUUGGAUAGAGAGAAAUCUCCAUUAAGUUGGUGGAAAAGUGAUACUUCCAGGCCGUUUUCAAAAGAGAAAUAAUUACAGUAACUUUUUUUUUUUAAGUAGGUUGUUAUGGACUUUUUCUGUUUCUUAAAAGUGAAUUCACAAUUUAUAUUUCAUUCUCUAAACAAAAGGUUUCUUUUCCUUUCGCAAAUGUUUUUUUUCCUCUUAUUUAAAUCAUGAUGGCCUGUAACAGUUGAAGCAUCUGAAAAUUGAAAUAAAUAUAUAUUUUUAACAUAUUGUA